UUGAUGAUUUACUUGAGUAACCAUCGCCACCCCUUCAAACAGCCACCACCACACUCACAAGAAAACAGAUGAACGAUAACUAUGACCUCAGAAACACCGUAUUGCUGCAUUUCACACGAAUUCUUCCAAACAGCCACCGCAAACCCAAACAAAAUCGCCGUAAUCCACGCUUCCGGCGUCGCCAACCUUUCCCGCCAAAAUUCCACCUCCCCAAACUUCAACCAAGACUUCACCACGCUCUUACAACAGCGCGUCGAUUCCACCUCCCCGCCGUUCUACCACGGUGACCGUUCUUUCACUUACUCUCAACUCUUAGACUCCAUUCGUUCUCUUAGUUCUCGUCUAAGCUCUAUUCUUCAUGGUGCUCAUGACCCGCACCUGAUUACAGCCAAAUCUCAAGGUAAUGAUGGUGUCCACCGUGAAGAGGGAACUGUUCAGAAAUCCGAGUCCUUGAAAAAUGUCAAGCCUAGGGCAGAAUCAAAUGUUAACUCCAUUGAAGAGUAUAAGCCAAAGAUAGUGGGAAUUUAUAUGCCUCCUUCUGUUGAAUAUAUUAUUGCCGUUCUCUCAGUAUUGAGGUGUGGGGAAGCCUUCUUGCCUUUGGAUCCGUUUUGGCCAAACGAAAGGAUACUGUCAGUUGCUUCUUCUUCAAAUGUUGAUCUCAUUAUAGGGUCCCAAUCUUCAUUUAGUAAAAGUAACUUGGACCGGCUUGAUGAAUCGCAUUGGCUGGUAAAGUUAAUUAGUUGUCCUAUUUUGAGAUACUCCAUUGAAGAAAAUCUUCAAGAAUGUAGUUCUUCAACAGAUUUCGCAUGUCAUUGUUCCAAUGAAAAGAAAAGAUCUUUUUGUUAUCUGAUGUAUACUUCUGGUUCAUCUGGAAAGCCUAAAGGAGUGUGUGGCACCGAACAAGGUCUUUCAAACCGCUUUUUAUGGAUGCAAGGAAUGUAUCCUUUGACGGGGCAGGAGCUAUUGUUGUUUAAGUCGUCAAUUAGCUUCAUCGACCACCUCCAAGAAUUUCUCAGCUCUAUUUUGACUGCUUGUGUAUUAAUUAUUCCUCCUUUCAGCGAGCUCAAAGAAAAUGUUUAUUCUAUAAUAGAUUUUCUACAGGCUUAUUCUGUUAAUAGGCUUACGGCUGUUCCAUCACUAAUACGGACAAUUCUUCCUGUAUUGCAAACUCACACCGACUUGCGUAUCGAAAGUUCACUGAAAUUGCUUGUGCUAAGUGGUGAAACUUUUCCUUACACCUUGUGGGAGACGCUUUCAACUAUAUUACCAAAGACAUCAAUCUUGAACUUAUAUGGAAGUACCGAGGUCUCCGGCGAUUGUACAUAUUUUGAUUGCAAGAGGAUACCAUUGGUUUUGAAGGAAGAAAUGCUAACAAGUGUUCCAAUAGGUUUACCAAUUACUAACUGCAAUGUAGUGCUUAUUGGUGAAAACGGUGCACCAAAUGAGGGUGAGCUAUAUGUUGGUGGUUCUUGCAUAUUUAGGGGUUACUACGAUGAAUCUGAUAUAAUGUCUGAAGGAUUUGUAAAAUUGCCUCAAAAUUAUGGUUGUGAAAAUUCUGUUGAUGUUUUCCAAAGCGAAUUAUACUUUAGAACUGGUGAUUUAGUCAAACAGUUGCCAAGUGGUGAUUUUAUAUUCUUGGGAAGAAAAGACCGUAUUGUAAAAGUCCAUGGGCAACGUAUUUCCCUGGAAGAAGUUGAAAAUUUGUUAAGGGAACAUCCAAAUAUAAAUGAUGCUGCUGUAGUUUGUCGAAAUCUUCAAGCAGAGCUUGUGUUUAUUGAAGCCUUUAUAAUAUUGAAGGACAAACAACAACUGGGUGAGUUAUUGGUACCUGCAAUCAGAAGUUGGAUGAUUAACAAACUUCCAUCAGUUUGGCUCCCCAACCGUUUCAUCUUUACAGAAUCAUUUCCCAUCUCUUCUAGUGGCAAGGUUAAUUAUGAGUUGUUGGUUAGCUCAGCAUUAUUGACCAAGAGUGUCAAGGAUAAAGUUGGUAAUAUUAGCUGCAGCAAUCUUCUGCAACUUAUUAAAAAGAUAUUUCACGAUGCUUUGCUGGUUGAAAAGUUAUGCAAUGACGAUGAUUUCUUUAUUAUGGGUGGCAACUCUCUAUCUGCUGCACAUGUUGCUCACAAUUUGGGGAUUGACUUGAGAUUUCUUUACUACUAUCCAUCUCCUUUUAAGCUUUGUAUGGCUCUUCUCCAUAAAAGAGGAUCAUGCUCUUUGCAUAAUAGGUUGGAUAAUUGUUUGCAAUUAGACACCGACAUACAAAAUAACGAUUUUUCUUCCAAUCUUACUGAAAGUUCAUUUCCUCUUGAGUCAAGGAUGAUUCCCAAAGAUAAAGUUGAUGUUUUGUUCCCUUUUAAGCGAUUAAAAAGGGGUUCUACAGAUGUUGUUACAUCAGGGGGAGAUGAACCGUUUCCUUGGCAUUCCCUUGCAAUAUUCUCAUCAUCUUCAUUUAGCCGCUGCAACAAGGUGUUGUAUAAAGGGCAAACUUCUGUAAUGGAUACACACCAAACAACUUGGUCAUCCAAUGUUCCAAGAGGAAGCAGAGGUCACAUGAAGAGCUUUUGGAAAGUUUACAUGGAAUCUUGUGUUGAUGCUUCACCCAUGGUUGUCUCAAAAGGAUCAGAUUUGUAUUUAUUCAUUGGAUCUCACUCACACAAAUUUCUCUGCAUAAAUGUUAGAAGUGGUUCUAUGCAGUGGGAGAUCAAACUAGAAGGUCGGAUUGAAUGUACAGCAGCGAUUGUUUCUGAUUUUUCCCAGGUAGUUGUUGGAUGUUACAUGGGGAAAAUCUAUUUUCUUGAUUUUUGGAAUGGACACAUCUGUUGGAUUUUUCAAACAUCUGGUGAGGUUAAAUCACAGCCAAUUGUAGACACAUGCAGACAAUUGAUCUGGUGUGGCUCGUAUGAUCAUACCUUAUACGCUCUCGAUUACAAAAAUCAUUGUUGUGUCUAUAAGCUGUCAUGUGGAGGCAGUAUAUACGGAUCACCUGCAAUUGAUGAGGUUCGUGGCUUGCUUUAUGUGGCCUCUACUGGUGGUCGUAUAACAGCGGUAUCAAUAUCAGGUUCGCCAUUUAGUAUACUGUGGCUACUUGAAUUAGAAGUUCCCGUGUUUGGUUCUCUGGCUGUCACCAAAAAUGGAACUGUAAUAUGUUGCUUGGUAGAUGGCCAUGUUCUUGCAUUGGAUCCCAACGGAUCUAUAGUUUGGAAGAAAACAACUGGUGGUCCAAUAUUUGCUGGCCCGUGCAUACCUUCUGUUAAUCCUCACGAGGUGCUUGUAUGUUGCAGAAAUGGAAGUGUGUACUCAUUCAAACUGGAAAAGGGAGAUCUAAUAUGGGAAUACAACGUUGGAGAUCCAAUUACUGCAUCUGCUUAUGUUGACGAGCACUUGCAGCUGGAGGCUGAUGCCUCCCACACUUCAGACAGGUUAAUUUGUGCUUGUUCUAGUUCUGGAGGCAUACACAUUCUUCGAGUGAACACAAAUUUCUCCGAAAAUACAAAUCAUCUAAAAAGCGAGGUGGAAGAGUUUGCAAGACUUAAGUUGCCGGGGGAUAUAUUCUCUUCACCUUUAAUGAUAGGUGGCCGGAUUUUUGUUGGCUGUAGAGAUGACUACUUGUACUGUGUUGCUCUAGAAAUUCCAAAGCAACAUGAAAGUCAAAACCUUGUCUAGUUGAGAUUUUGCUGAACUAUAAUAGGUGGUUGGUUGUAUGUGUGUUAAGUUCUCAAAUCUACGAAAUUCAUGCUAGAAGACUCCUACCAACUUUGGUAGCUCAUAUUUACUACAAAUAUAAAUAAAUGAAAUUCAUGCA